CCUCUCUAUGAUAUGUAUAUAUAUACCACCCUUAGACGUUCUCUCUCUAUAAACCUUUUAGCCAUUCUCUCUCUCUCUCUCUCUCUCUCUCUGUGCUUGCUUCUUCUAGGGUUUUUACUUUUUUAAGAAAAUGGGUGAGGCUGUGGAGAUGAUCGACGAAUCGAUGAAUGGCAAUUUGAGUAAGGUUGAAGAGGCCAUGGAGCCUUGUAGUUGGUAUGAGGAGGUGAUUGAUGAUGAUCUCAAGUGGUCUUUUGCUUUGAAUAGUGUUCUUCAUAGAGGGACAAGCAAGUAUCAAGACAUAGCUCUUUUGGACACCAAGCAUUUUGGGAAGGCUUUGGUGAUUGAUGGGAAGAUGCAGAGUGCCGAGUCGGAUGAGUUCAUUUACCAUGAAUGCUUGAUCCACCCUCCCCUCCUUUGCCAUCCAAAUCCGAAGACAGUGUUCAUUAUGGGAGGCGGUGAAGGUUCUGCUGCCAGAGAAAUACUCAAGCACAACACCAUUGAGCGCAUCAUCAUGUGCGACAUUGAUGAGGAAGUGGUGGACUUUUGCAGGAAGCACCUUACAGCGAACCAUGAGGCCUUCGCUAAUGAGAAGCUCUGCCUCAUCAUCAAUGAUGCAAAAGCUGAAUUAGAGAACAGAGAGGAGAAGUAUGAUAUCAUAGUGGGAGAUUUAGCUGAUCCAGUAGAAGGAGGACCUUGUUAUCAACUCUAUACAAAAUCCUUUUAUGAACAAAUUCUCAAGCCUAAGCUCAAUGAUCAUGGCAUCUUCGUUACUCAGGCUGGACCAGCUGGUAUCUUCAGUCACAAGGAAGUUUUCUCUUCAAUUUACAACACUCUGAGGCAUGUCUUUAAAUAUAUAGUCACAUACACUGCUCAUGUACCAUCAUUUGCCGAUACUUGGGGUUGGAUCAUGGCAUCUGACGAGCCAUUUAUCUUGAAUGCCCAAGAGCUUGAUAAAAUAAUUAAUGAGAGAAUCAAUGAGGAGCUGAUCUACCUGAAUGGAGAGUCCUUUGUUUCCUCGACCACAUUGAACAAGCGUGUGCAUCAAUCGUUGGAGAAGGAGACUCAUGUGUACACUGAAGAGAAUGCGAGAUUUAUCCAUGGCCAUGGGAUGGCUUGUAAUUGACAGAUAGAGGCUAUAGAAGGUUUUUAGAACAACUUUAGUUGGAGGAAAAUUAAAAAGAAAAAAAGAAAAGAAAGGUUAAUUCAUAUAACUGUUAUGGAGAAGUUUGAGCUAAAUUCUAUACUUCUCUUGAACUAAGAUGCUAAAAUAUGUGUUGGUUGAGACUCUUUUCCUAUAAAUCAAUAAAAACAAAGUUGGUGCCUUCCAUAGUUA